AUGUCUAUUCUUGUUAGUUCAACAUUAAAAUAUGUCUCUCUCUGUGUCCCUCUCUCUGUGAACAUCUCACUAGGAAGGGUGGAGGCAGGAGUGCUUGCCGUGGACGGCUCCACUUUAAUCAUCACCUUUACUGAGAGGGAGGCUAAUGUGAGGAGCAUACAAGAGAAGGUGAAGGCUGACCUUCGCAUUCCUGAGAAUAUCAUUCUCUGUGACGCACAGGGCAACCGUCUUUUGGAGGGGUCUGGCACAGCAGGCCUGGACUUUUGGCUACAAAAUGCCCGCAGAAUUGUUGCCCUACAGGAGGAUGCAUUCGAGGAGCUCCAGAGGAGGAAGAGGAGGAGGUCAAGUCGUGUCCAGGAUGACACAGAAGUGCUACAUAGAGUGGAGGAGCUUGUCCUGACAGCUCAGGACCUUCCAAACAUCGCCCAGAUGAUGAGGGAGAUGGCUGGGCUAGCUGAGCUGGGCCAGCGACUGACUGGGACCUUGACAGAAGCCCAGGCCACCUCUGUGAAGGACACCUUCAGGUGCCUUAUUUGCAGAGGACCUAUGACUGGCCUUGUGAUUGCACCCUGCUGCAGGAGCCUGGUGGGGUGCAAUGGAUGUGUGCGGGGGUGGGUCCUCAACUCCGCCAACUGCCCCAAGUGUCGGGAUGAGCGUUUUGGAGAAGACUAUUUCCUGUUGAGUGGGAUGGACGAUGUCAUGGAUGCCCUGAGGAAUGUGGUGUCCCCAUAG